UGGCAGUGAGGGGAAGACUGACGUGGUCGGAGUGGCGAAAGCAUCUGUGGUGAACGGUACGGAACGGAGUCGGGACUGGACACAGGGCCGGGGUCCGUGUGCGGGAAUUCCUUCAGCAUCAUGGAGAAAGACAGAAACAAGAAGCUGCGGAUCUGUGUUGCUACAUGCAAUCGGGCAGAUUAUUCCAAACUGGCCCCAAUCAUGUUCGGUAUCAAGGAACAAUCUGAUGACUUCGACCUAAAGGUUGUUGUAUUAGGAUCUCAUUUAAUUGACGAUUAUGGGAAUACAUACCGAAUGAUUGAACAAGAUGAUUUUGACAUCAACACAAGGUUGCAUACAAUAGUCCGAGGUGAAGAUGAGGCUGCUAUGGUGGAGUCGGUGGGCCUUGCUUUGGUAAAAUUGCCAGAUGUGUUAAACCGUUUGAAGCCGGAUAUCAUGAUUGUUCACGGAGACAGGUUUGAUGCGUUGGCAGUAGCAACCUCGGCGGCACUGAUGAAUAUUCGGAUCCUGCACAUUGAAGGAGGCGAAGUCAGCGGUACCAUCGAUGAUUCAAUCCGACACGCUAUCACUAAGCUGGCACAUUACCAUGUAUGCUGCACCCGCAGUGCUGAGCAGCAUCUCAUCGCGAUGUGUGAGGAGCAUGAUCGGAUCCUGUUGUCUGGCUGUCCAUCUUAUGACAAACUUCUCACAGCAAGAUCCAAGGACUACAUCAGCACCCUGCAGACUUGGCUGAGUGAAGAUGUGAAACCUCGGGAGUACAUUGUGGCUCUACAGCAUCCAGUCACCACCAACAUUAAACAUUCCAUUAAGAUGUUCGAGCUCACGCUCGAUGCGCUAUUAACAUUCGGUAAACGCACGUUGAUCCUGUUUCCCAACAUCGAUGCAGGAAGCAAAGAAAUGGUGCGAGUGAUGAGAAAGAAGGGAAUUGAAAAGAAUCCAAGCUUCCGGGCUGUGAAACAUAUCCCCUUUGAACAGUUUAUCCAGUUAGUUGCACACGCUGGCCUGAUGAUCGGUAACAGUAGCUGUGGGGUGCGUGAGGCAGGUGCAUUCGGCACACCUGUCAUCAACCUGGGGACGCGUCAGACUGGACGGGAAACAGGUGAAAAUGUUCUACAUGUUCGGAAUGCUGACAGUCAGAACAAAAUACUUCAUGCUCUGCAGCUCCAGUUUGGGAAGUUGUACCCAUGUUCGAAAAUAUAUGGUGAUGGAAAUGCAGUCCCACGGAUAUUGAAAUUCCUGAAGACAAUAGAUGUAACUGAGCCUCUGCAGAAGAAGUUUUGUUUCCCACCGGUGAAGGAGUGUGGCUCGCAGGAUAUCGACCACAUUCUGGAAAUACAGAGUGCCUUAGCUGUGGACUUGGGUGGAACAAACCUGCGAGUGGCUAUUAUCAGUAUGAAGGGCGAAAUCAUAAAAAAAUAUAUUCGAUCCAAUCCCAAAGCUUACAAUGAAAGAAUGGAGUUGAUUCUGAAGAUGUGCACAGAGGCUGCAGCAGAGUCAGUGAAUCUGAACUGCAGAAUACUUGGAGUUGGCAUUUCCACAGGAGGCCGCGUCAACCCCAAGAAAGGAAUUGUGCUCGAUUCCACCAAGCUUAUUCAGGAGUGGGUGUCAGUGGAUCUCCGGACGCCAAUAUCUGAUACACUUCACCUGCCAGUGUGGAUAGACAAUGAUGGUAAUUGUGCUGCUUUAGCAGAGAAAAAAUUUGGCCGUGGCAAAGGGGUGGAAAACUUUGCAGUGUUCAUCACUGGCACAGGAAUCGGAGGGGGAAUUAUCCACAACAGCGACCUGAUCCACGGCAGCAUGUUCUGUGCGGCCGAGCUCGGACACAUCGUGGUGUCACUCGAUGGGCCCGAGUGCAUGUGUGGGGGCCGCGGUUGUAUCGAGGCUUAUGCUUCAGGUUUAGCAUUGCAAAAAGAGGCCAAGAGGUUGCACGAUGAAGAUUUGCUGUUGGUGGGCGGAAUGACAAAAAGUGGCGAGACCGUUGGUGCGGUCGACCUCAUUCGAGCUGCCAAACUUGGGAAUGUUGAAGCUCAAAAGGUCCUCAAAACAGCUGGCCAUGCUCUUGGGCUUGGCAUUGUGAAUGUCCUGCACACAUUGAACCCCUCUCUGGUGGUGCUGUCUGGGGUCCUGGCUGCUCAUUAUGAGGACGAUGUGAAAGAGGUGAUCAGCCAGCGGGCUCUGCGUUCAGCACACACAGUGGAAGUGGCCGUCUCCAGCCUGACUGAACCCGCACUGCUCGGAGCUGCCAGUAUGGUCUUGGAUUACGCCACACGCCGAACCUAUUAACCCAGCAGAAUCUCUCGUUUAUGCCGUCUCCUUUAUUUAAUAUUUAUUCACUGUUCAAUGUGACUGCUCCCCUUGGCUGUCCAACCAUCAGCAGCCAUGUCUGCAGCUGCUGCGUUCAGGAAGGAUCAGAGAAAAGAUUCACAUCAGGUUGUGGAAUUGUUUAUAAACUGGCUUUGGCUCAAGUUAAUGUUCUGCCAAUUUCAGUGGGUUGCAAUCAAACCCAGCUCUCAGAGUCUAGCAUACCCUCCUGAAAUGAAUGACAUUUCUGGCCUGAAGUGAAGCUUGUCGGUAAGAGACUGUGCUUCAGUGUAGGUACAAGUCGUUUCCCACUAUCUCCCAUUAUCCACUAUUUAAGGAGGCCAUUUGUCUCAUCACAUUUGUGCAACCCACUUGGUCCUGUUUUCUCUCCUUACUGUCCUGUCACCAUAAGGUGCUCACCAGUCCACUAAUGACCCCAUUAAUAUUUCCAUCAGACUCUCUUCUUUUCCCUGUAAAAAGGUCAUUUUUGGCCUUGACUUUAGAGUCACAGAGUCACACUCUACAGAAACAGACCCACUCUGCAGAUCCAGAGUGUAACACAUAAUGCUGGAGGAACUCAGCAGGACCGGCAGCAUCUGUGGAGAAGAGCACCUUCGACAUAUCAGGUCGAGACCCUUCAGCAGGACAGGAAAGGAAGGAGGCAGAAACCAGAAACAGUUCAUUUGGCUCACCAUGUCUGCAUAACUAACAAGCACCCAUUUCCAGAAAUUGUAUUAUCCAGCACCUUCCGUGCCUCUCUCUCUCUCUUGCUCACACACACACACACACACACACACACACACACAGACA